AUGCUUUCAAUUGAUUGGAAUCAUUAUAAGAAAGAUAUCAAUUCAAUUAAUCCCCUUGGUUUUGGUGGUCGUUUAGCGGAAGCAUUUGCUGAAUUUAUGAAAAAAGUAUGGAGUUGUAUGCAUCGAAUGACUGAGCCUGCAGCGAUCAAGGAAUUAGUGGCUGAGAAAGCAUCACAGUUCGCGAAUUUCGCGCAGCAUGAUGCUCAUGAAUUUAUGAGCUUCCUUAUUGACGGUCUCCAUGAGGAUUUAAAUCGAAUUCGUUCAAAGCCAAAUACGAACACUAUAGAACCUCGUGGUCGCCCUGACUAUGAAGUGUCGAAGGAAGCGUGGAGCAAUUAUCUGAUGCGUAAUGACUCGAUUUUUGUCGAUCUGUUUCAUGGCCAACUUAAAUCGAGGUUGCAGUGCCCUCGUUGUAACCAGAUAUCCAUUACGUUUGAUCCUUUCGUUUAUCUUGCUGUACCAUUUCCGAAAGAAAAACGAUCGUUGUGGAUUUAUUUUUGGCCUCUCGAUCCUUUCUUGAAACCAGUUAAGCUCAAUAUUCGAGUCAGUGCUGAUGCAAAUGUAUCAGAAGUUUUGUCUUCUGUUUCACAUCUCGUCAAUGUUCUCACAAAAUCGUUAAGAAUGAUCGAAGUAAGCAAUCAUCGUAUCUCAAAAAUAUUCAGAGCGGAUGAUAGUGCCAGCCAGAUUUUGCCUACUGAUGUCAUAUAUGUAUUUCAAGUACAUGAUCCAUUAGAUUGUAAUGAGGAAGUGGUUGAAUUAUUUGUUAUUCAGCGGCUUUUAUAUCACAAGUCAAUUGUGCGUGCUUGUGCAAAUUGUCAUACAACUGAAACAAGUUUAAAAGUGUGUGAUGGGUGUUAUGAUUCUUUUUACUGCAAACGUGAAUGCCAGAGGCAACAUUGGAUAAGUGAACAUAAAGAUCGAUGCAAAUUGCGUAGCCAUGUCGAAUAUGUUGGUGAACCAUUUAUUAUUUCAUUACCUAAAUCAAAAGUCACUUAUGCAAAUAUUAUUCGAAAUUUGGAAUCCAGAUGCAGAUAUUCAGUUAAUGUAUUUCAACCACCUAUCGAAACAAAAGAUCCUCCUGAUUCUCCCAGUAGUUCAGCCAUUGCGUCUUCUGAAACAUGUUCAACGUUAUCAUCUACUGUAAAUGGUGUGCGACAUCCUAUGGUGCAGAAGUCUGCGCGUCCUAUUGGAGUAAAACGACAAAUGGUUCUUGGAGAGCCACGCAAUAAGCAAUUCUACGAUUCACACUUAUUCCUUGUCCGUAAGCUUCAAAGUGCAGAAAAUGUUCUUGGUCCAAUUAUCGCGGCAACAGACGAUGAGCUCACUAUUCAAUCAAGCACUGUUUUAUCUAUCAACUGGAUGAAUAUGAAAAAUGGGAAAGAUUAUUUGACUGUGGAGUCUAAGGAGGAAGUAGAUGUGGAUGAAGAUAAAACGGCAUAUUAUCAAAGAAUAUCGGCAACAAGUACUAAUCGUAAUGCAUCCACAUCAAAUCCAUCGCUUUAUGAUAUGCUUUCCAUGUUCUCUGAAACAGAGCGGUUGAAACCAGAAGAAUCUUGGUACUGUAACAAAUGCAAAGAACACGUAGAAGCCACAAAACAACUGAUGUUAUAUCGUUUGCCACCCAUUCUUAUAAUUCAAUUAAAGAGUCUUCAGAAAAUUUCGAAAUCAUUUAAAUCUAUUAAGGAAACCUUAUACGAUUUAACGGGUGUUGUUUGCCAUUCCGGUAGCAGUUAUUUUGGGCAUUAUGUUUCAAUGGGAAGAUUACAAAGUCUUGAUGGAAAGAUGACCGAAAUAGAUUGGCGUUUAUUUGAUGAUUCUGUUGUUACCCGUAUACAGCCAUCAAGGGUUCAAAGUGCGGAUGCGUAUCUUUUAUUUUACAAGCAGCGAGGAUCAAACACAGAACGAGUACUUAAACGGAAUUACAAUUUAGAUUUGGUAAAUGUUCCUUCAAGCAGUCAUUCGAAUUAA